ACACAUGCAGCAUGCACAGAGCUGAGCGGCCUCUGCUGCACUGCAUACACUGACAUACGUGUCUUCUCUGCUUGUCCUACAGGUAUCUCCAGUCACUGACCGUCUGCAACAAUGACCACGUCACAGAGGAGUCUGGCCAAGGGCAGCGCUGUCCCAGGACCGGUACCAGAGGGACUUAUUCGACUUUACAGCAUGAGAUUCUGCCCCUACGCCCAAAGAGCCAGGCUUGUCUUGAUUGCCAAAGGAAUCGAACAUGAAAUCGUCAACAUUAACCUAAAGAACAAGCCGGACUGGUUUUCUGAGAAAAGUUCCCUGGGAUUGGUUCCGUCUAUUGAAACCUCUGAUGGUAAAAUAAUCUAUGAAUCCCCAGUUGUUUGUGACUACCUGGAUGAAGCCUUUCCUGGGGUUAAACUGACCCCCGCAGAUCCCUAUGAAAAGGCACAACAGAAGAUUCUUCUGGAACACUUCAAUGCGGUUACCUCUGCACUAUACAAGAUCUUGUUUGCCAAGAGGGACAAUGGAGAUACAACUGAAUCAAAGACGCAGUUUUUUGAGAAAUUUAAAAUACUUGAAGAGGCUCUGGCCAAGAGGAAAAGCCCUUACUUUGGUGGAGAAUCCGUGUCUAUGAUUGAUUACACGAUCUGGCCCUGGUUUGAACGGUUGGGUCUUUUUGAAGUGCAAGAGGUUCUGGAGAAUUUGCCAUGUGUGAAAGCCUGGCAAGAGCUUAUGCUGCAGGAUCCUGCUGUUAAAGAGACCUUCACAGAGCCGGAUGUUCUACGCGGCUUUUUCGAACUAUAUUCUAAGAAGCAUUUUGAUGCCUGUGAUUACGGACUUGACUAAUGCCUGAUAACCGCGUGAUCUGAGAAUGCAGUGCUUUCUAAUCAAUUGCAUCUUAUGUGUUUAACUCAAGGCACACCAGGCUGUGAUUAAAUGACUUUCAAUUAUU